GGCGAAUCACACACGUUGCUUUGCUUACAAAUCGCAAGCUUGCAACUAGCUUAGUCUCAGACUCGUAACGACACACAUGGCUGCCAACGUCGACCAUGCAGCGAUCAGCAAAAUGGCGCUCCCCGACCUUGCCUCACCUGAAGGAGCCACGCUGGCCAGCAAGCCGGGCCUGACCGAGGACAAGGCGACCUAUUCCGACGCGCGCGGCCUCGACGGGACGUUCAAGAUGCCGGAUCUGUCGACGCUGCAGUUUGUCAAGGGCGAGGCGCCGACCUGUGCAUGAAUCAAAAUACCACGGCGCCUUCGUCGCGUCAACCUCCAGGCGAUCGACGCGACGUUUGCUCGAUAGCGUGGCGCUGCUGGUUCCUCGCCGCUCGACGGAGCCAGCACGUCUGCGUGCACCCGACUCACGGAUUGAUUUGUACACAGGCGCCCGCCGCCGGCAAGCCGUGCGCAGUAUUAUUUUGGGGGAAGUACGCCAAGGGUGACUACCGCACGAUGGUCCACGUCUCGUAUUUGAUGAGGGCGCUGCCCGAGCUCCAGGUGCUGCGCAGUGCAUAAAUCAAAUUGUCGCGGCGCGUCUCCGCCACUGCUACAAUCAUGGCCUUCAUUUGCGCGCAGGUCCUGGGCGUCUCGUGCGACGCGGCCAAGGAGGACUGCGAGGCGAUGCUCAAGAAGAACGGGACUGCUAUGCCGACGCAGUCGAUCGAUGAGCUUAUCUUCGACAUGUCUCUGGCUUUUGACGAGGGCCGCAAGGUCAAGGAAGCCUUCGCCGCGAUCGGCAAGGCGCCGGCGCCCGGCUUCUUAUUCCUGUUCGACAAGAACGGGGUGUUGGUCUGGAAGGAGGUCUUCACCGGUGCAUAAAUCAAUUUGUCGUGGCGCGUCCUGCUGAAUCAUGACCUGCACGCAAUCGACGCUUUGCCUGCUCGACGGUGUGGCGGUGUGGGUCUCUCAGCAUGGUCGCGUCGCCGCCGAGAAAUGCAGUCGCGUCGCCGCCGAGGAAUGCACCCGAUGGGUUAAUUUCCACACAGGUCUUCACGUCGUCGUGGAUGCUCAAGCAGGGCCAAUUCGCCGAGCAAUGCGCGCUUUUGUUAGCGGGAAAGCCCCUCAUCGACAACGGCGCGAGGCCGGCCGCGGACGACGAGGACGACGAAGGCGAGGAAAUCGCCGCCGAUCUAGGAGAGCUCGACAUCCCGGGCGUCGGGGACUACUAAAAACUAAUCACCCUUACCUGGUGGCACCACCAGCGGAUU